GAAACUCUCUCAUCAGUUUUUAGCUGAAAUAUUGAAACAUCUGUAUGAAACAAACACGUCUGCUCACAUCUGUUCCAGCUGUGUGUGCGGUGGGCGGAGCUUUGUCUUCCUCCGCCAGGUGUUCUUUCCUCCUGAUGUUUCCCAGCAUGCUCGGCUCCCGCGGUCGAGCCUACCUGAUGCUGUUCAUCCUGACGGUGCUCUACAGAGGUCCAGUGUGUAACAUCCAGCGUAACGUGGAGACGGCUGCUCUGUCUCUGAGCUGUAAUCUGGAUCUGCAGGUUCAUCACAGCAAGUUACUGUGGAGGGACGCCAUCAGGCCGUUUGUCCUCAUCACACAGGAGCUCAAGGAUGACGAAGCAGAGUUUCAGUCAGAGGCUCGAAGCGUCAGCGAGAAGUUUCAGAACAUCAGAGACGAGGUCGUCCUUCAGUACGGAUACGACCGGUUCAAACCCAAACACACCGUCGCCCUCGGCAACAGCACCCAGGAGCAGUUCACCUCCAAGACCAUGAUGCAGUGCGACAGUGUGGUGGAUACAGGUGUGCAACGAUGUGUUAAGUGGUUCAACAACAGGUGGGCGGAGUGUUUGGCGGCGAUCCCCGUCCCCAUCAUCAACCACGUCCUCUGCAUCUCCAUGAAGUUCCACUUCCUGUGUGAUGUCAUGAGAGCGAUGACUCCGUGGUGCAGGGAGCAGAUCCCGUUGGAGGGAAACUUCGGUCGUCUGUUUGAUGGGCUGAACCUCUCAGUGGACCUUCUGUCCAGACAGUUCAGCACCGACGUCGUCCUGCAGGAGGCGCAACAGCAGGAGGUGCUGGGUGGAGCCGUGCUGGAUGAGUUCACUCAGGCUGUCGGAGGAUCCUUCCAGAGGCUGAGGACGACCAUGGAGCAGCUGCUCAACGUCCUGCAGCUGCUGCUCUCCUUCACCUUCAUCACCAUCUUCACCCAGGCCUUUGGUUACCUCAUACAGUACAGGAGGGAUGUUCGAUUCGACAACGCUUACAUCACCACGUACUUCAGACAGAUCGACGCCCGCAGAAGGAAAGCGGGGAAGCGCCACCUGCUGCCUCUGAGUCAAUCAGAGAAGAAGAAGUUAAUCGACCCCUGGAGUCCAAAGAUCCACUCUGAGGAGCUCCAACAAGUGACGUCAGGUGUGUUUCAGGUGCUGUCUGUCACUCUGCUGUCUGUCGUCCUGCUGACCAUUGACUUGUCUCUGUUCCACGUGUUGGACGUCAUCAGCAGACACACCUUCACCCAGUUCAACCUGACCAGUCUUCACGAGGUGGACAUCAAAGUGGGCGGAGACUCCAUGAUGGCCCGCCUCCUGAGGAAGACGGUGUUAGCCUUCAACAGCUCGUCCAGCUUCGACAUCCACACCGACAACCAGGUGUGUGUGUCUCCCCCCUCCUCCCUCUCUGCAGGUGUGUACAUCAGCUGUGUGUGUUGUGUCCUGUUGGUGGCGCUCUGCAGCUGCCUUCAGGUGUACACCAACCGCCUCCGUCGGGUCAUCGCCGCCUUCUACCACCCACAGAGGGAGAAGAGACGUGUCUUGUUUCUCUACAACCUGCUGAUCCAGAGACAGAUUUCCUCUGCAGGCAGGAAACGCAUCAUCACCCAGAAACAGAGCAGCAGGACGGUGAGUGAUUGUUUGUCCAGGUGUCAUUGUCACAAACAGGAAGACUCAGAAGAGACGCUCUAUGACGCCGCUUAG